AGAAGCCAACAGAGCCCAUCUUUAUUCAUUGUGCAUUUAUGACAUUAACAAAAGUUCUUUGUGGUGCCUGCAGAAAAGCCACAAACAUUUUAAUUCCCUAGAGGCAACGAAAUGCAUGAUGGGUGAUAGCAUCCCUCUAGUCAGGCUGGGCCCGACCUCCUUCAUCUGUUGCUAUGGAGAUGCGCUCCCCCUCCCUCCGAGUUGCUUUCCUCACGUGACAAAACACAACCACGUGACACCUGUCCUCGGCUUCCCAACCCUUCACCUAGUUUCAUCCGUCUGUCCAAUCGCGAAGGGCGUCUUAUAUAUUAAGGCCCGCCCCUUGUCAGGAGCACGCCGACCAAUGAGGGGCGAGAUACGAGUUUGCUGUCCAUAGAGGCGGUGUUUCCAAAUACACACGCACACGUAUGAAAGCACCUCAGAAGACGGGACGUUCGGUUGGGCCGACGUGCGGAAGGACCAAUGAGUUCGCGCGACCGCAACGGGGAAGCCCGCCUUCCUCCCUGUCGGGCCAAUCAGCGGGCGGCGUGUUUCCGUCGUUCCGUCUUCUGGUCGCCUCAGCCGUAUUGAAAAUAACAGGGCUUCUUCGCGAAGAAGCGCGGGAGGCCUGGAGUCCUUUCGGAGCUCCCGGAAAAAGCGAGCUGGAGACUUUAAAAGAAGCCCCUGAGGCGGCCGCCGGGACCCUUUGGGGGCCUCGUCGUCACCCUUAACUCUUCCGAAUCCGCCGGCGGCGGCGGCGGCGGCAGCGGUCUCAAUGCGCACGCGCCAAGGCCUCUCCUGCUCCCGAGCCCGCCGGGCCGCCGCCGGGUCGCCGUCAGCAUGAGCCAAGCCGCUGCUGUCCUGCCCCCGCCGGGUUCGACCUCCCGCUCAUUGCAUGUGGAGCUGCCGUCUCAGCAGCGUCGCCUCCGGCAUUUGCGUAACAUCGCAGCCCGGAAUAUUGUCAGUAGGAAUGGUUAUCGCCUCUUGGACACCUAUUUCACUCUUCACUUGUGUGACAACAUAAAUAUAUGUAAAGAAUUUUAUAAGAGUGAGGUCAUCAAGAAUUCACUGAAUCCAACAUGGCGAAGCCUUGACUUUGGUUUAAUGCCUGAUCGCCUUGAUACGUCUGUCUCCUGUUUUGUGGUGAGGAUAUGGGGUGGCAAGAAUGAUACCUAUCAGCUACUGAUUGAGUGGAAGGUCAAUCUAGAUGGACUCAAAUAUUUGGGCCAGCAGAUACAUGCUCGUAGCCCGAAUGAAAUCAUUUUUGGGCUGAAUGAUGGUUAUUAUGGGGCCUUGUACGAACGAAAGGGUGUCUCAGGAAUCCAGAAGAAUCUGCAGGUGGAUCCAAAUUGUGUGCGUAACUCAUAUGAUGUCUUCUCUUUGCUAAGGCUCCACCGGGCGCAAUGUGCAAUUAAGCAGACUCAGGUAACCGUUCAGAAAAUAGGAAGGGAGAUUGAAGAGAAACUGAGGCUUACCUCUACAAGCAACGAGCUGAAAAAAAAGAGUGAGUGUUUACAGCUGAAGAUCCUGGUGCUUCAGAAUGAGCUCGAGAGGCAGAGGAGAGCCCUCGGCCGGGAAGUGGCCUUGUUGCAUAAGGAACACAGCUCGCUGCUUGAAAGAGGAAAAGUAUUUGAAGAGGAACAUUCAAAGCUCCGACUAGAUAAGGAACCCCUGCAAGAAUUAAGGAAGGAAUGCACAGCCAAGAGAGAGCAAGUCUUGAAAACCAACGCUCAGCUGACGAUCCGAUGUAGGCAAUUGCUAUCAGAGCUUUCCUGUAUUUAUCCUAUUGAUACGAACGAUCAAGAGGAUUAUUUUAUUUGCGGAGUGAAGUUGCCCAAUUCUGAAAACUUUCAAGCGAAGGAUGACGGGAGCAUAGCCGUCGCUCUGGGCUACACGGCUCACCUGGUCUCUAUGAUCUCCUACUUCCUGGAAGUACCACUCAGGUAUCCAAUCAUUCACAAGGGCUCCCGCUCGGCAAUCAAAGAUAACAUUAAUGACAAACUGACCGAGAAGGAGAGAGAAUUUCCACUAUAUCUAAAAGGAGGAGAGAAACUACAGUUUGAUUAUGGCGUCUUCCUUCUGAACAAAAAUAUUGCACAGCUUAGAUACCAGCAUGGCCUGGGGACUCCAGAUUUAAGGCAGACACUUCCCAACCUGAAAAACUUCCUGGAGCACGGUCUCAUGGUUAGAUGCGAUCGUCACCACGUUUCCAGCGCCAUCCCCGUUCCAAAGAGACAAGCUUCUGCGUUUGGCGGUUUGGAUGUCGCCUUUUCCGGCAACCACCCGUCUCCGGACAAGGGGCUUCGCAAACGGGCUAACUCGGAGAACGAGAGACUGGCGCACAAGAGCCCUGUCCCGAGUCACAACUCGGCUUCAAGCCCACCCUUCGCCAUCGCCGGAGAGACGGAGAAAAAGGCCGCCUCCUUAUCCUCCUCCUUAGAUACCUCCCUCGACUUCUCGAAAGGAAGCAAAACGGGCGAGGAUUUGCGGCUCGGUGUCAACGGCGAGAACAGGAGCUUGAGCGGCUCCCGGAAUCCACCGCCGCCGGAAGCUUUCCGGGAACCUUCUCAGGCCGUCAACGGCAGCCCGUUCUCCGGCGAGCACCCCGGUGCCGCCGCCCGCGAGCGGCCGAGCAUCUUCUGCGGCGCGCUCAGCACUGACCUCCUGUGUACCGUGGAGCAGGCGGAGGAGAUCAUGGGUCUGGAGGCCAUGGGGUUCGGCUCGGGAGACCAACUCGGGGCCUUUAACUAUAUCCCGGUGGAUCACGCGGUGGCAGUGGAAUGCGACGAUCAAGUCCUGGGGGAAUUUGAGGAGUUUUCCCGGAGGAUCUACGCGCUGAACAAGGACACCCCCACGUUCCGCCGGCCGCGGAAAGGGUCCGACAAGUAGCUCCCGGGCGUCGCGAGGAGGCUGCGCGGGUCACCAAGAGGAAGCGGUGUUUCUGGAGAUAAACCUUGCACUCGUCGUCCUGACCGGUUGCGGUAGGGGGGUCUCCAAACGUGGCAACGUGGAAGACUGGCGGACUACAACUCUCGAGAAUUCCCCAGGCCCGGGAAUUCUGGGAGUUGAAGUCCGCAAGUCGCGGCAGGCUAGGGAAUUCUGGGAGUUGAAGCCCGCCAGGCUUCAAGUUGUCGAGUUUGGAGAGCUUCCCCCCCCCCCAAGUUAUGGGGUAGGAGGGCGGUAGGGAAGACAAUUGUUCUUGCUGCCGUUUUGGGAAGGAAGCGUGUGGGUCAGAAUCUGCUCUCUCCCCCCCCCAAAAAAAAUCAUCACCCCUUUCCUUUCCCCCGAAUUUUUAAUCCUCACAAAUUGCUUUGGCAAUUCAGUCAGGUCUUUUGCGUUACUUUUUUCCCCUCAGAAGUUUUAUUAUUUCCAUCCUUUCAGGAGAAAUUAGGUCAAGCUUUUGCCAGUUUACCAGCAAGGCUCUGCGUGUCUCUCCUUCUUCCCAGCAGCUUUUUGCUUUCAGCCCGGCUUUUCCGCUUUCUGGUUGACAGGCACACACAAUGUUUUGGUUGUUGCUUUUCUUGGGAAGCAGAUGAUUCAACAGUAGGAAAGUCUAUCACUCAAGAAGCCUGGGUAAAAUUCCCAGUCUCGGGUGUCUCUUUCUUUCUUUCUUUCUUUCUUUCUUUCUUUCUUUCUUUCUUUCUUUCUUUCUUUCUUUCUUUCUUUCUUCCCUUCCUUCCUUCCUUCCUCCUCCCCUCCCUCCCUUCCCCUUC